UUAUAUCCGCUCUGGCCACGGUCACUAUGGCCAUAUUUUAUAAUAAUUCUAUUUUGGUUGUCAGAACAUUUGUUUUACUGUGGUUGUUGAUAUUGCCAGGCGCUGAUAAUUUGGCGAGGCUUCGAAAAUUCGAUCCCGACGACACAAUGGCAGGGUCUGGAGUUGUCAAGCAACUCUUUGCCUGCAAUUUCGAGGUGUUUGGACGAGUGCAAGGUGUCUUUUUCCGCAAGUACACGGAACAGGCGGCUAAUAACCUGGGUGUUAAGGGCUGGUGCAUGAAUACACGGGAUGGAACGGUCAAAGGACAACUGGAGGCUCCGCUGGCGGAGCUAAACGAAAUGAAACAUUGGCUUCAGACUAAAGGAAGUCCCAGUUCGAAAAUCUCGAAGACGGAAUUUACGCCAGCCCAGGAAAUCGAUGCCUACACUUUCAGUAGUUUCGAUAUAAGACGUUAAUACCGUUUUGAAGCCAGCAAAUGAAGGCUUUAUAUCAAAAGACCCCAUAAAUAUUCCCAUACCAAAUAAAUUUUGUCCCAAAAAAUAAACAAACCUCGAAAACUGUGCAAAGUUGGCUUGCAUUUUGCGUUGCCACAUCGAAGAAAUAGCAAAA